AUGUCUUUGAAGGUAACUGUAUUAGACUCAAAUCUCAACGUUGUUAUAUCAGAGCAAAUUCAUUUUGACUCUGAUUUGCCUCAUUACGAGGACAAAGAUGGUGUCUUUAGAGACCCUUUUGACAAUGGCAUAAUUGUUUCCCCCACCAUGAUGCCGGAAGGGACUCUUGAUCUUGAUCUCGAAGGAUCUCGAAAUCGGGUAUGGAUUUUGGAAAAACUGCUGCUGUUUCUGGUAGUAGGCAGCAACAUGGCAGUGUUUAUUGGAAAAAGAGAGUUCCAUGAUAUUAUCAUACAUGGAUCCAAAAAGCGGCUUGUGGAUAAAUUUGGCAAUGCCAUUUCUAUCAAGGAAUUGCCAAUACGGACAGAUAGCUGUUGGAAAAACAUGUCUUAG